AAUCACUGCGACCUCUCUCUCUCUCUCUCUCUCUCUCAAAUCUCUUUUCUUCAUCUUCUCCGACCCCGCGACAGCCGAGCGAACUGCCCACCUCGAUCCGCCAUGUUCCGGCAAGCCACGAAGAAGCUGCUCCACCGGUCCAUCCUGACCUCCGCCGCUGCGAGGUGGGCCCCCUCCCGUCCCUUCUCUGCGGAUGUAACGGCAGCGCAGACGGCCGACGCGGCUUUCGUGGAGGGGUGGAAGAAGGUGAUCCCCAACAUCGACCCUCCCCAAACCCCUCUCUCCUUCAUGCAGCCGAGGCCUCCCACGCUGUCGUCGAUCCCCUCCAAGCUCACCGUCAAUUUCGUCCUUCCUUAUGCGUCGGAGCUGUCCCAAAAAGAGGUGGACAUGGUCAUAGUACCAGCUACAACAGGACAACUUGGUGUUCUUCCUGGGCAUGUGUCCACAAUUGCAGAACUAAAACCUGGAAUUAUGUUGGUGCACGAUGGAAAUGAAGUGACAAAGUACUUUGUUAGCAGCGGCUUUGCGUUCGUCCAUGCAAACUCAUAUGCGGAUAUUAUUGCUGUUGAGGCUGUACCGCUUGAUCGAAUUGAUGCAAGCCUGGUCCAGAAGGGGCUUGCUGAUUUUACCCAGAAGCUGAACUCAGCCUCCACGGACUUGGAAAAAGCCGAAGCACAAAUCGGAGUGGAUGUGCAUAGUGCUCUCAACUCAGCUCUAACCGGCUAAGUCUUCAAACCCUGGGCCUGUUCUUGGUUGGUCAUUUUCAGCAUCACCCGUCUUUUUUCCCCCUUUAAUGUGCUUGACUGACAUCUGGAACUGACGGGAAAAGAGAUUUCUCCGACAUUCUGUGCUGGUCGAUCCUGCACGGUAAUUUCUUCGAUAAAAUAAUCCUCAAGUGAAAUUCUUUUGGCUUUCUGAAUGGGAAAAUGGACAUCUUUGAAG